AUGGUCAACUCCUGUUGUGGCUCCGUCUGCUCUGACCAGGGCUGUGGCCAGGAGACCUGCUGCCGCCCCAGCUGCUGCCAGACCACCUGUUGUAGGACCACUUGCUGCCGCCCCACCUGCUGUGUGUCCAGCUGCUGUCGCCCCUCGUGCUGUGGCUCUGGCUGCUGCCAGACCACCUGCUGCAGGACCACCUGCUGCCGCCCCAGCUGCUGUGGCUCCAGCUGCUGCAGGCCCAGCUGCUGCAUCUCUAGCUGCUGCCGCCCCAGCUGCUGUGGCUCCAGCUGCUGCCAGCCUUGCUGCCGCCCCAGCUGCUGCCAGACCACCUGCUGCAGGACCACCUGCUGCCGCCCCAGCUGCUGUGGCUCCAGCUGCUGCCGCCCCAGCUGCUGCAUCUCUAGCUGCUGCCGCCCCACCUGUUGCCAAACCACCUGCUGCAGGACCACCUGCUGCCGUCCCACCUGCUGUGUGUCCAGCUGCUGCCGCCCCAGCUGUUGCUAG